AUGUGGGACUUCCGCAUCCACAAGCCGUGGCGGAUGCCGACGCCGAGGGGGUGCGUCGCGGUGAGGGUCGGGGCCGCGGGGGAGAGCCGGCAGCGCUUCGUCGUGCCGGUGGGCCACCUCAGCCACCCGCUGUUCGCCGCGAUGCUGGCCGAGGCCAAGAGGGAGUUCGGCUUCGACCAGAAGGGCGCCAUCGUCAUCCCCUGCCGCAUCGAUCACUUCCGCCGCGUCGAGGAGGUCAUCCACCGCGACAUCGACGACGGUGCCGCAGCGGCCGCCGACUUACAUAACGAGCACCAUCAUCAUCAUCACCAUCAGCAGCAUCAUCAUCAAUCAUAACCAUCAUCACCAUGCUAGGUGUUUUCGUGCAUGAAGCACGUACGUACG